AUGCCCAUCUAUGGAAUGGAUACGACCACCAUGGUGACAGGAGUAGGUCGCGGAAAGUCCCUUACAAGUGGCAUAAAAAAACACGAAAGUGACUACCGCGAGGCAGGCGCAAACGCACGAGCCCCUGAUAGCCCUGAGAUAAAGUCAAAUAGAAAUUCCUGGGCUACUAGAGAGCAAGAAGAUAAUACGAAUGGAGUGGAAGAACUGAUGGACGAAGUUCGAAGUUCAGCGGGUGACGAAAGUGGAGAUAUAGCGAUUGGACAGCCGAUUCUGGUUCCUGGGCCAGUCAACUUGCCUUCAGAAAACAACACCAGUGAAAGCAAGGAGUAA